UUGUUUCUCAAUUUUUAUGGGCAUUUGGUACCCAUUUUGUUUUUUGACAUUUGAAAAUUGUUUACGUUGUGUUCAACUUAUACUUUCGUAUUUGGUUUUAUUUAAAAAAAAUGGUUAAUGCAAAUAAUUUGUUUGUAUUACUUCUUAUAGCAUUUAUUUGCACCAUAAGAUCUGCUGGAAGUAUAUCAUGUUACCAAUGCAACAGUACCGACAUCAAAUAUCAAUUUCAAUGUACAGAGACUAUGGACAAUAUAGGCGACCUACGCCCCACACCCUGUACAAAUCUUUACAAUGCUGCUUAUUGUGUGACACAUAUAGGCUUCCACAACGGAGGACAUGGAGUUAGACGUUACUGUUCAUCUCAUAAUUUAGGAAAUUAUUGCAACUAUUUUAAACCCCCAGGUGAUGAAAAAGAUUAUGAAACAUGUAUUUAUACUUGUGCUGCUAGUGGCUGUAAUGGUCCAGGUGAACUAAAAUUAGUUAAAUAUAUAAAAAGUCUUCCUAUUUAUCGGUGGUUUAAAAAUCUAUAAUUUUAGACAUUAUUACAUUCACAUUACAAAAAUAAUCUUGAUUGGAUAUAUAAGUAGGUUACUUAUAGUACAUUUUAACUAUUAUAAUUUUUAUUCAUUAUUUUAUAAUAUAUAUAAUAUAUAUAUAUAUAUAUUAGAUCAUAGGUACACUAACUCUAAUGCAGCGGUUCUCAAACUGUUGGUCGUCAGUCAAUAUUUGGUGGGUUGUGAGAAGUUUUUUGAGUUAUACAGAUUCUAAGAAAUGUAUUCACUAUAAUUUAUAAAUUAAUAGUUAUUUUAGUAUAGUAAUAUAGUAAAAUAUAAAAAGAAAAUAAUCAUUUGUAUUGACAUAGGUGUAUUGUAUGUAUUAUAUUAUAUGUAUUUAUAUUUACAUAUUUAUAUGUAUUUAAUAGGUUACCCAUGUGAAAAAAAAUAUGCUUUUUUACUUUAAGUGUAGGUUAUUCUAUUAAAAUAUGUAUUAUUCACGAUAUGUAUUGAAGGGUGGGCGUUCAC